AUGGACGGUCUCCAAAGUAGUGAAGAAAGGAGCGAGGUAAGUCUCCUUCCUGCUAAUACAUUUUAGACUUGGAAUUCAUCUUACGAGCUGCUCUAAGCUAAUCCGGUAACCAAACCUGGUGAGGAUUUGCUAUUGCUUAAGCCUGGUUGCGUUUCCAUCGACAAGAUAUAGGGAUAUGAAUCGUAGUCCUCACGUUCUUUCCUGUCUUCAGUGGACGAGAAUCCCAUCCAGGAAGAUGGAGAAGCCCUCCUGGAUACAGAGGCCAGAAAGUUCUUGAUAAGCGGUCCGCUACAACAGAGCGAUUCCAAAUACACCCUCGCAGCUGUCUACAAUAACAAAGUUAAGGCUUACAGAGGAGGCGUGGGUAUCUAA